AUGGCUGCGAAAACUGGUGUGAGGUCUCAAGACUUCUCGCAGCGGUUCUGGUACACCUUGUCCCGUGCGAUCAGUGAGCUCUGCGUGAUCAUAUUGCUCCAUGUGGCUGCUACAACAUCAUAUGUGGCCACAAGGUUGGCACACAUCAGCAGGCUAAGGGCGCCAUGCACCAUGUGCUCAAGACUGGACCAAGCCCUCCAUGGCAAGGCAUGGUUCUCCGCUGAUUUGGUGUGUGCUGCCCAUAGGACCGAGAUAUCAUCUUUGGCAUACUGCAAGAGUCACAACAAUCUUGCACAUUCUGCUGAUCUCUGCAAGAGAUGCCUUGCUGCAUGCACCCUGGCAGGCUUUGUCGAUGAGGUUAAUUCUUGGUCCGGAUCGAGGUCUAGACAGUUAUGUUCUUGCUGUUUGGAGCCAUUCAAGAAGGCGUGCAACGCACAAAAGCUUUAUGAAACUGCGGAUGUUAAGGAGCCCUCACAUAAUGUGCAUGGUUCAGACGAAAUCAAGCAGAGGAGCCAAGUUGCUGUGAUAGAAAAAAUCAAUCCUUCCAUGCCACCCAAGGUUGUACCUGAACAGGUCUCUACAGAUCAUUCAAAAGUUAAAGUGGGUAUUGAGGAAGUCAGGGAGUCAGAUGCUUCACCAGGCGCAUAUGAACAAUCUACGAAGGACAAUGGUGCUUCUUCAAAUGCUGGUUUGGCAGCAAAGCCUGCGCCCAGUGCGUCUGCCCUGCCUUCGCGCAUUUUCGUCGAUCGCAACAACAGUAUUAAGAACACUUUCGUCAGUAGGGUCAAUCUGCCAUCUCCUCGCCCAUCAGAGAUAAUCUCUGCCCGGGACAACAAUUCUACAACUCAACAAGAAGUGAAGGCACUCCUUACUCAGAUGUCCUCUGUAAGGGGCCUUGACUAUUCUUUGACUGAAGGAGUAACUAGUACUGAUACCAUGAUUCAGAAUGAUGAAAGCAAUGGUACCAGCAGGAGGCCAUACCUCGAGAGAAAUUACUCUAUGUUGGAACCGUCGGAUGCAAACCUCGGCAUUUGUGAAGCUGAAGGAGAGAUCUCACUUGAGAGUUUGAAGCGGCAGAUUGAGAUCAACAAGAAGUCAAUGCUUGUCCUUUACAAGGAGCUCGAGGAAGAAAGGAGCGCUUCAGCGAUUGCAGCUAGCCAAGCCAUGGCCAUGAUCAACAGAUUGCAUGAGGAAAAGGCUGCCAUGCAGAUGGAAGCACUACAAUAUCUUAGGAUGAUGGAAGAGCAGGCUGACCAUGACCAUGAAGCGAUACAGAAUCUACACGACUUGCUUACAGAGAGGGAGAAAGAAUUACUUGACAUGGAUGCCGAACUAGACAGUUGUCGGAGGCUACUCCAGCACGGCCAAUUUAAUGGGGGGAAUUUUGAUGAUACAGUGGACAAUACACCCGGAUAUGACAAGAAUGUGUCAUUUGAUGUCUUGAAUGCAUCAGAUUUCAUGACGAGCACCAUGUCAGGUUUCGAAGAAGAAAAGGCAUACAUUUUGGAAUCACUGGGCAGAUUGGAGGAAAAGCUUCGCAUUUCUACAUACAAGCUUGCUUCUAAUGAUACCACAAACAUUCAAGAGACAUUGCUUGGAGAUCAUAUAGGGGAUGAAUCAAGUUCUUUUCAGCAAUCAAUUGAGCAGAAGGACAAGGAUGAGUGUUCAUGUUCUUCUUUCGACAACGAAAAAAUGAGUGGCCUAAACAAUCUUCAGGAUGAAAUUUCACUCUUGGAUACACGACUGAGGGCCCUUGAAGAUGAUCAUGAGUUUCUCAAGCGGGUACUCAGUUCCCUCAAAGGCGAUGGGCUUCAGUGUGUACGAGACAUAAUGAGCCAUUUACAUGAGUUGCGAAGAGUUGCAGCUCAAUGA